UCGUAAUUUGCUUUGUGGUCUUAGAGAAUACGCUUUUAUUAGUUCGUAGUAUACACUGCCACUUCUAUAGAAAGGACGGCUCCUUCACUUAUCUCUAGUAGAAGACGAAGAAUUCCCAUCUUCUUCUGCCAAUCUUACGUCGUCGACGACGAGAACCAUCAGUUGUAGAAACAACUGGGAUGUGAAUGUUGGCUAAGACGAAAGCUGAUGCAAACGCAGAAACUGGCCGUUCGAUUGUUGUUUGAAAGAGCGGCUCUGCCUCUGCUGCGAUUUGAAACGAAUGCUUCGUUAUUUUUUGCCAAGAAUCUAUCAAAUCUAAUGGCAUCUACUGAACCCGUCACUCAAAAGGACGCAAAAGAAAAUACUUCACAUGAAGAAACAGUGAUCUUUGUUUUAGGUGGUCCGGGAAGUGGAAAGGGUACCCAAUGUCCCAAAAUUGUUGAACACUUUGGGUUUACACAUCUUUGCGCUGGAGAACUUCUGCAAGCAGAAGUUGAGUCUGGAUCUGAAAAUGGAGAAAUGAUCCAGAAUUUCAAGAAAGAAGGAAAAAUUGUUCCUUCUGAGGUAACUGUGAAGCUUCUGCAACAGGCAAUGCAGCAAAGUGGAAAGAAGAAAUUUCUCAUUGAUGGAUUUCCGCGUAAUGAAGAAAAUCGAACUGCAUUUGAGAAUAUAAUUAAAAUUGAACCAGACUUGGUGCUAUUUUUUGACUGCCCUGAAGAGGUGUUGACAAAACGACUUCUAAGCAGGAAUCAGGGAAGAGUUGAUGAUAACAUUGAUACCAUACAAAAGCGACUUAAAGUUUAUUUUCAAUCAACAUUACCUGUAAUCAACUACUACAGCUCAAAGGGUAAAGUUCAAAAGAUUGAUGCUCAAAAAUGCAUUGAUGAAGUAUUCGAGGAUGUCAAAAGUGUCUUCUCCAAGCUUAAACCAGAAAGUGCAGCGGACUCUUUGAAAGAAUGAGAAUCUAUAAUUUGAAGUACAAAAAACUUGAUUUGAAGGAUUUUCAUUAACUAGUGCCUGUUGAGGUUCUCUGUAGGUUAACAGUAUUAUUGUCUAAGUACCAGCAGUUAUUGUAGGUUCUUUUGCUAUUUACAUAUUUACCUUCCUCAACAGAGUCACAGAAGCAGCAUGAAGCCCAGGAUCUUUAUGAUUGACAUAGGCUAACUGCAAAGGAAGAUGCUUUAUUGUACUUUAUCAAUGAUCUUUUAAUCCGGGUUUGGACAAGUGAAAUUUGCAUAUGCUAAUACAAGCUCUUUCAUUUUGACAGCUAAAAA